AGCGGGCGCGAGUGUGCGCGAAUGCGCGUGUGUUGGUGCGGCCUAGGCUCGUCGCGGCGCGCCCCGUCAGUCGACGGUGGCGAGUCGCGCGCGGCGUCUCGUCCAACUCUUUCGUUAGGCUGCACGCACACCUGCCUCUUCAGGCUUUGACGGCUCUCGAGCGUGGAGGCCGGCUUCGCGACGAGUUUUCAGUGCGCGGCGAUUUCACCCGAGCGUGGACUGAUGCCCUCGCCAACCCUUACGUAUACCUACUGUCAAAACAUCUAGUGCUGUGACUCCGGCUGGCCGGUUGGCCGCGUGCUGUGACAGUGAAAUCGUGAGUCUAGCCGUAUCGUGCGGAUGUGCAGUGAUGGAUGAAUAGACAGAGGCGCGUUUGUACCAGACCGCCCGCGCCGAGUCGUCUGUAUUUCUGGCUGAGUGCAAGAGUGGGCCGUCAAAAUUGAGCCCAAACUGUAUCUAGAUUACAACGCCGCCCCGCUGUUCGCCUCGGAAAACGCCUCCAGUGAAGUGUGGAGUGCGGGCGGCGGGGCCGGCGCGAGCGCAACAUGCGGUAGCAGCGGCAUGGACCUCAAGCACGAGGUGGCAUACCGCGGGCUGGCCGGCGCGGUGAAGGCCGAGCCGGGCGUCAGCCACAACGGCGCGAACGGCCACGUGCGCGACUGGAUGGCGGGCGGCGCGGGAGCGAAUUCGCCGUCGCCGGCGCCGCAGCCGAACAACGGGUAUUCGUCGCCGCUGUCAACGGGCAGCUACGGGCCGUACAGCCCUAAUGGGAAAAUAGGUCGCGAGGAGCUGUCGCCGGCGUCCAGUAUAAACGGGUGCAGUACAGAUGGCGAGGCGCGGAGACAGAAGAAGGGCCCGGCGCCGCGGCAGCAGGAAGAGCUUUGCCUGGUCUGCGGAGACCGAGCCUCCGGAUACCACUACAAUGCGCUCACGUGUGAAGGGUGUAAAGGUUUCUUCAGGCGGAGUGUCACCAAAAACGCUGUAUACAUUUGCAAAUUCGGUCACUCAUGCGAAAUGGACAUGUAUAUGCGACGGAAAUGCCAAGAGUGUCGGCUAAAGAAGUGCCUAGGGGUCGGCAUGAGGCCAGAGUGCGUCGUCCCAGAGAACCAGUGUGCGAUAAAAAGGAAAGAGAAGAAAGCUCAGAGGGAGAAGGACAAACUGCCGGUCAGCACGACGACGGUUGAUGACCAUAUGCCGCCAAUCAUGCAGUGUGAUCCCCCGCCGCCGGAGGCAGCUAGAAUUCUGGAAUGUUUGCAGCACGAAGUGGUGCCGCGGUUCCUGUCGGACAAGCUCCUGGAGCAGAACCGGCUGAAGAACAUCCCGGCGCUCACCCCCAACCAGCAGUACCUCAUCGCCAGGCUCGUCUGGUACCAGGACGGGUAUGAGCAGCCUUCCGAAGAGGACCUCAAGAGGGUUACGCAGACGUGGCAACAAGCAGACGACGAGGAUGAAGAGACAGACACGCCGUUCCGACAGAUCACGGAGAUGACGAUCCUUACCGUUCAGCUCAUCGUGGAGUUCGCCAAGGGCCUCCCGGGCUUCGCCAAGAUCUCGCAGCCUGAUCAAAUCACGCUGCUAAAGGCUUGUUCAAGCGAGGUGAUGAUGCUCCGAGUAGCGCGGCGGUACGACGCUGCCACCGACAGCGUCCUCUUCGCAAACAACCAGGCGUACACUCGCGACAACUACCGCAAGGCCGGCAUGGCUUACGUCAUCGAGGACCUUCUGCACUUCUGCCGAUGCAUGUACUCUAUGCAGUUGGAUAACGUCCACUAUUCGUUGUUGACGGCGGUCGUCAUCUUCUCAGACCGGCCCGGGCUGGAGCAGCCGCAGCUGGUGGAAGAGAUCCAGCGGUACUACCUGAACACGCUGCGCAUGUACAUCCUGAACCAGACGGGCGGCUCCACGCGCACCUCCGUCGUCUACGGCAAGAUCCUGUCCAUCCUCUCCGAGCUGCGCACCCUCGGCACCCAGAACUCCAACAUGUGCAUCUCGCUCAAGCUCAAGAACAGGAAGCUGCCGCCGUUCCUCGAGGAGAUCUGGGACGUGGCCGACGUGUCGACGACGCAGGCGGCGCCCGUGCUGGAGUCGGCCGCGAACCUCUAGCAAGCCUCGCCGCGCUCGCCGGCCGGCCGCGGCCUGCUCUGACUGCUCGGCGAACACUCGGAGAGAACGCUCAUAGACUGGCUAGUUUUAGUGAAGUGACACGGACACUUAGUCGGACGUGAUGAUUGUAUUUAUAAGGAUUGUGCAAAUUUUAACACUUAAGAAGGGCGCGCGCCCCAUUUCGUACGUAUUCGGUGACCGACGACGAAAAUGUGCGGGAGAUUAGUGAAUAUAUGUGUUGUUGAACGUUUGGAGAAUAUAUAUUAGUGUUGACCGUCGGGGUCCGCCCGGCCGGGCGAGUCGGUCACGGGUGCGACUGUAUGAUAAGACUUCGUAUAAGUACACCUCCUAAAAUAAUCAUACGUACAUACACUACGAGAGUUUAUAGAGAAAAAAAGUAAUAUAUGAAGAAUGUUUCUAUUGGAUGAAAUAUAAAAAAUUAUGUUUAUUUACCAAAAUUAACGAUGCGUUGGUUGACCUUUUCGAUCGAUAUAUAUCUCUUGGGCCCUCGGCCCGCCCGUAAUGUACAUAGUAUACGUCAGACGCGUAUGUGUCCGUUUUCGUUCCGAUUCCAGUUCCGUUGUCCUGUCCCGCGUCCCUUUACACGAGUAAUUAUAAUUUAUUGCUGUGAUUACAUUUAUAACAUGUUAAACUUACUUAGGCGAAAAUAAGUGUGUCUUAUUACAUAUAAAAAUUCUACUGCCGUCGGUUGCUUUCUUAAAAGCGUUAAGAGUCUCUCGUCUCUCUGUUUAGGUACUUUUGUAAUAAUAACGAUAUACACUCGAUCAUGUUCGCAGCGAGCACCGGGCUGCGAAGCUAGUCGCUUCCUGCGGAGUCUAGACCACAGUACAACGUUCUCACACCUAACACCUCAAUAAUUAGGGAUAAAACAUCAUUAUGUAGUAUUUUCACUGCGAUAAGCAUUUUACAAUUAUGUUGCUUAAGAGACAUCUGUAGUGCCUAAAACGAAAUAAUGUGUCGUAUUUAUUUUUAAAUUUAGAAUUAUAGCGGUAGGUUUGGCUAUCGAUUCCCAGUCUCUUUUAUUUUUUGUUAUUAAUUCUUAAAUCGUUAUAUUUGUUCUACUUAUUAGACACAUGGCGUUGCGUGUAUGAAUCAAGGCAGCUGUUAUGUAGGUUCGAAAAUAUAGAAAGCAUAGAAUGGUAGCACCCGUAAAAGUUCUUCAAAGUUUCGUUCCUUAGCUACGUUCCUUAAACACUAACACUAAAAAGUACAAAAUGGCAGCUUAUUUACGUAUUCGUUACUUUUACGGACAUUUGGCCGAGCUUACUAUAUGGGAACAAUAUAAGGUAGACGAGUAAUGUCACCGUACACGCAGCGACGCAUGAAGUAUAGCCCAACCUGCCUCUAGCUUGACUAAUGUACAGUUUCACAAGCAUAAGUACUCGAUCAACAAUAUACUGCCCGUAUUCUAGCUACAUCCAAAAGAAAUGCCUUAUUUUGCGGUACCUGUAUUGCGUACCUACAUUGUUGAAUGAAAUCAUAGUAUAUAGAUAAAAAAGUAAUAGAUCUCAAUUACCAAUAAGCGUUGUUCAUACUUUAGGCAUUUUCUCGUCGAUUUCUGGGCAUUAUUUUAUCAGAGGGGCAAGCAUGAUCGCUUUCACUUCCCACCUAGAGUAACUUUCUAUCGAAGUGUGGGAGGCUUUAAGUUGGAGAUGAAAGAUAUUAUGCUAUAUUCGUUUAGAGCAGGUUUUUGGUAGCUGAAUGUAUACAUGGUUGAAUACAGUGUCCGUCUUUAACGUUUGCAAGUGUUAGUAUAGUUCGAUUUCAUUCAUAGUGUUCACUCAACAUUCAUAUCAUCGAACACCAAACAUAACGAGUACAUAAUGCGUUAUAAUAAUGUUAGUGUCUCUAGGUGCGUGUUGUGUCUAUGAGUAGGUAUGCUGUCUACACGUAUGCCUGGGAUUUUGGAAAAGCAUUUCUAAUAUACGUAUGAAGUUUGCGUGACGAUCGGGCUUGCACCGCGGGCCUUGCGCUAGUCGCUUCUAAUCGAUUUCUGUUCUAGUAGUAGGCGAUUCCUAAUAAUGGCUCAUUUAGACGACGCGCGAAAUCCAUUCAAUCGCAUCAGAUCAGUCGUCGCAUUGUAUUGAAAUUCGUACCGUCUAAAUGAGCCCUAACGAAGCACAAAUGUUUAUUGGAGUGUCUUAGGUCAAAAAGACGUAAUUGAUAACGAACACACUGCCAUUGUAAUCGUAUGUUGGUGCGUUGUAUGCGUGAUCAUUAGCAGGUUUUCUAUUCGAUUUUCAGUUGUUGUGAAAUGUUAUAUGAAAGACAGUCUUUGACUAACUUUAUGCUAUACGAUGCCUUAUGAAGGCGCGGGCGGGUCGCCGCACGUUUACAUGUAGCUUGAGGGUCUACCGCGGAAAUCUGUAUCUGUCUCCAUCUGUGAUGGAAAGACAAACCGAGAUGUAGAUCUUCGCGGUAGACCCUGUGAGAUAGUGUGACGACGCGCUCGCGAGCUCGAGUUUGUGACAAAUAUAACUGCCAUUCGUUAAGUAAUAGUUAUACAUACAUGGUUCGAUUCGACGCGUAGUCACAUAACUGAUAGCUUCGUAGAUUUCGGCUUCGUCGGUGCACAGCCGGUCGUAUUUGAUACAUAUUAUUCAAUUUCUAAAUUGUAAUAGAUUUAUUAAGUAUGUAAUAAUGUUACAUGAAAAGUAAUAAGUAAUGAGAUACCCCUAAUAUAAUUUGUGUCUUAGCUGGUAAAAUAUUAGUAUGAAAAUAAGUUUGUAUCGCUUAUUGGGAUAAUAAUGUAAAGUGAGACGAAAUGCAUGUAGGCAAUCGAGCGACAAAGUCGCAGCAAGUACAGUACCUAUAGAGGUGUAAGCGCCCAUAGCCUGUCCGCUCACUAUCAGGGGACGGUGCACUUGUUAGCCACUCUGGUGGUCGGGAGACGAGGACGAUAAGACUGGGCGAGGGAGCAGGGGAGUGUUUAACCUGUUGCACUUCAUUGCCUAUCUGAAUCUAUUUAAUUUGACAGUAAAGUGUGAGUAGGUAUCAGCGACCAAGCGUGGUACAUGGCACAUCCAGUCUAUUACAAAGUGAAGACUAACGUUGCGAGUCUGUCGUUUCCAUUCAAAUGUUGUACAUAGGUACCUUUAGAUUCUAUCGUCAUAUGUUUGACAUAUGUUUAAUUUUAUUCAUCUAAGAAAGUACAGAUGGCUGUUGUUAUUUUUAUAUAAUUUGGGUAGAAGUAUAUUUUUUGUAAAUGACCUCUGUAUUUAUCUUUUGUAAGCUUUGUAAGCCAUAGGGACUUAGAUAAGUGAACGAGCUACGAACAUUGUGAUUGCAAAUUUGUUUAAUUUGUAUCUACGGCGAUAUUUGUUCUACGCGAAUAAUUAUAAUUUUCAAUUCGACGGAUUUUCUUAAUAAUUUUUGUUACUUCAGAGUGCAAUAUGUACAAAUAUUUACAUAUUAAAUAUAAUGUACAGUCAAUUUUUAGUUUUAAUGUGUCGACGCAAUAUCGCUGCGCAUCUUGAUGCCACGGGCCGCAUAAUAUUCUAUCACAAGUGGGUGCGACGUGCAACUCUCACUGUUGUGUUUGUCUAAUACUUAAGUGAUUAAUUUUAUAUAGAUGGACUAGGUGAUCUUUGUAUUUAAAUUUGCUAAUUUUUGGUAGCAGAUUAGAUUUGUUUACUUGUAUAAGAUGAAUAAUGUACAUUUUGAAUUGAUUUUAAAGUGAUUUAGUUGUUAUUUAGUAACGAAUUGUCUUACUAGGUGUAACUGGCAGCCUCGUGGACGGGCUCGAGUCCACUGAUACCAGUGUGAUUGUGCAAUGUCGUUUAUAACAAUUGGGUACUACCAGCACACACUUGGCGGAUCGUUGCUAGACCUUGUAUCUUUGCAAUGGGGUGUAUGAAUGGUCAGCUAACUGUGUCGACGAUGGUACCGCGGCGAGCGGCCGCGAUCGACCAAUAGGGUUAAAGCCGAGUGUGCGACUCGGCCGUCCCGACUAGCCUGCGUCCUCGCGACCGCUCGCUGCUGCUGAGGCCACUUCAACACACUUCUAGUGCCACGUCGAACGAUAUGUGAACGCUGAUAGUAAACGAUAAGGGCCCAUUCCGUGUUCAUCGAAACACAAUUUCGUAUUUUAUUUCGUAUCUUACUGUCCGCAAUAAUUACUCUUUUCCUCGUUAUUACUUCGCCUUAGUAAUUGUUUACCCUCUGUUUUGUAUGAUUUAACUGAAGUGGUGGAGCGAAUUAGAUAUAGGGAACAGACAUGACGAUAUGUUAAAUUUUAGAGAGUCAACUUUUAUAAAAGAUAAUAACUACAAAACAAACCAAGAAAAGGUGUGUACAAAAUGAGGAAAUUUGUAUGAAACAUUGUUAUGCGAAUAAACUUACACCUCAAGAUAAAUAUAUUAAAAAUUAUAAAAAAUA